CCUUUCGGUAGACUGUCUGUUGUCUGAGUGAGUUGAAGAAACGUGAUAAGACUUGAAGGAAGAGCUUUCGUGCUGCAAAAUAAUGGCAUCUGUAGGAACUAUGAAAUAUCCCGUGGAAAGUAUUCGUGCAGGUCCGAUGGAUGAGGACUGGAUGAACGCUGAACAUAUGACAGGAACAUCCAUUAUGGCCGUGGAGUAUGACGGCGGAGUGGUGAUCGGUGCCGAUUCCCGGACGACGACCGGUACAUACAUAGCGAACCGCGUCACCGACAAGCUGACGCGCAUCACGGACACCAUCUACUGCUGCCGCUCCGGGUCUGCGGCCGACACUCAGAACAUUGCUGACAUAGUUGCCUACCAUCUGGACUUCAUGCAGGUGGAGAUGGGCGAGCCUCCGCAGGUGAAGACGGCCGCCAACGUGUUCCGCGAGCUGUGCUACAACUACCGGGACUCGCUCGUCGCGGGCGUCAUCGUCGCCGGCUGGGACAAGCGGCGCGGCGGGCAGGUGUACUCCGUCCCGAUCGGCGGGAUGUGUGUCCGCAUGCCGGUGACCAUCGGCGGCUCGGGCAGCACCUACGUGUACGGCUAUGUGGAUGCCAACUUCAAGCCGGGCAUGACCCGCCAAGAGUGCCUGCAGUUCGUUACCAACACCCUGACACUGGCCAUGAUGCGAGACGGAUCGAGUGGCGGCGUGGUGCGGCUGGCGGCCAUCGGAGAGUCCGGCGUGGAGCGACACACGGUGCUGGCCGGCGAGCUGCCGCGCUUCUACGAGGACUGAGGCGGCUCUUCCGUGCUCUGCUCUCUCGUGUUGUACUGCAAUCUGUGUACCGGAGUUUCGCGGGGCCUCGGGCUCCUAUUGUGACAGUUGAUCAAUAAAGUUACUUUCCUCUCA